UACUGUCCCCACACCCCUCAUCUCUCCUCCCCUUCCAAGACUCAUCACCAUUUCCCUUCUCUCCAAACAAAGGAACAAAGACAAUUGACAAAUCCAAUUUUCAUUUUCAAUCAAGAAAUCAACAACUACACAAGCAGACAUCAAAACCUUAGCAGCGGCAGCAGCGGCCAUGAAUCCUCAACAACAACAACAACAACAACAAAACCCAGUAGAUCCUGACCAGCCGCUACUCCCGACAAUUAAGAUCCACCACCACCCUUCUCCCCCACGCCACCCUCACCCACCCUCCGCCACUCCUACUCUCACCCCCACCACUCGCCGCAAGAUUGGUGUCGCCGUCGACCUCUCUGACGAGUCAGCCUACGCUGUCCGCUGGUCUGUCCACCACUACAUCCGUCCUGGCGACUCUGUCAUCCUCCUCCACGUCAGCCCUACCUCCGUCCUCCUUGGCGCUGACUGGGGCCCACUCCCACUCUCCACUCCCACGCAAUCGCAACUCGAUCUCUUGAACAAUAAUAGCAAAUUUAAUAGUGAAAUUGAUAGUAAAACUAAAAAUGAGAAUAGUGAGAAGCCACAGCCCCGGCAAGAGGAUGAUUUCGAUGCUUUCACGGCUUCGAAAGCGGCGGAUAUUGCGAGGCCUUUGAAGGAAGCGCAGAUUCCGUAUAAGAUUCAUAUUGUGAAAGAUCAUGAUAUGAAGGAAAGGUUGUGUUUGGAAAUUGAGAGGUUAGGGUUGAGUGCGGUUAUUAUGGGGAGUAGAGGGUUUGGUGCAGCGAUAAGAGGGAGCGAUGAGAGAUUGGGUAGUGUAAGUGAUUAUUGUGUUCAUCAUUGUUUUUGUCCUGUCGUUGUUGUUAGAUAUCCUGAGGAUAAGGAUUGUGGUCGGGACUGAGCCGGAGGCAGUUGUUAAUGUGCCGGAGGAUGUGGAGGAGGCUGCGGGGGGGAAAACUAAAGAUGCCUAGUUUGAACUACUAUAUCGUGACCGAUCCAUCUCCACAGCAGUAUGCAGCCGGAUCUUGGUUUUUGUUCUUCAGUUUGCAUUUAUCUGUGCAAUGUUAUCUUGUCAUGCCCCUUCAUUCCACUCCCCCCAUUAUCACAUAUAUGAUGGAGGAGGUGUCACAGUCAGCAGAGAUUAGGUGAACAUGCUGAGGAGUUAAUAAGAUGUUCUUGUUUGGGUCUCCUGUUUGUGCUAAUAGACAGAUUGUAGGGUGAUCUUUUCUCCCUUGCGACUCUUGUCAGAAGUUUCUCAUACUUGGGAGGAUUUGUUACACUCGCACGGCUGAUCAAUGGUGUUAGGUUUCUGGAUAUUCUUGUAGGCUUUUGGAAAUAUGUUUUAAUGGAUUAUAAUGUACAUCGUUUUGGUGUUGAA